GCUCUAUUGACAGAAUACACACACGUGUGUGCAAGAUUUAACCAUAAUACUACUCUUUGAUUUAACCUACGUUUGGUCAAUGCAGUGGAGCAAUUUGAUUUUCGGCUAACACAUUUUCUAAUGUAGUGGUAUUAUUAAAUAAUCAAAAAUGGAUUUAGACUUACCAAAAUGUGUGCAAGCCAAAUUUAAAUCGGACACUGGAGAGGAAAUUGGCAAUCCAUUGGAUCUACCUUUGAACGUUACAAAAGACCAACUUCAACUUAUUUGUAACGCUCUUUUACAAGAAGAAGAUAAACCUUUUCUCUUCUUUGUAAAAGAUGUUGAGAUCAAUUCUACACUGCAGGAUGCUUUAGAUUUGAGUAAAUUAAAUUCUGAAGAAGUUGUAAAAAUUAUAUAUCAACAGCAGGCUGUAUUUAGAGUAAGACCUGUCACUAGAUGUACCAGUUCAAUACCAGGUCACGCUGAAGCUGUUAUAUCAACAAGUUUUAGUCCAUCAGGAAAAGAAUUAGCUAGUGGAUCAGGGGACACUACUGUUCGGUUUUGGGAUUUACUUACACAAACACCAUUGCAUGUGUGCAAAAGUCAUUCCAACUGGGUGUUAUGCAUCAGCUGGUCACCAGAUGGAUGCAAACUAGCUUCAGCAUGUAAACAAGGCAGGAUAAUAUUGUGGGACCCAAAAUCAGGCAACCAAAUUGGAAAAACUAUGAUUGGACACAAGCAAUGGAUCACAGCAUUAGCCUGGGAGCCAUAUCACAAAAAUUCAGAAUGCAGAAAAUUAGCAAGUUCAUCAAAGGAUGGUGAUGUUCGAAUAUGGGAUACAGUCACAGGGAUCACCAUUUUGAGUUUGACAGGCCAUUCAAAAGCAGUAACUUCAGUGAAAUGGGGUGGAACCGGUUUAAUAUAUACUUCAUCUCAAGACAGAACAAUUAAAGUAUGGAGAGCAGAUGAUGGAAUCCUCUGCAGAACUCUAGAAGGGCAUGCUCAUUGGGUUAACACAUUGGCCCUGAGUACAGAUUAUGUAAUACGGACUGGUCCUUUUCAUCCAGUUACAGACAAGAAUGGACUUAGCACAGACAAAAAUGUCCUUCAGCUACGUGCUCUAGAGAGGUACCAGGCCGUUUGUCCUGAAGGAAGCGAGCGCCUUGUCUCUGGGUCUGAUGACUUUACUCUUUUUUUGUGGCUACCUGAGAAGGAUAAGAGGCCAUUGGCACGAAUGACAGGUCACCAACAACUCGUAAAUGAUGUUAAGUUUUCACCAGACACAAGGAUAAUUGCAUCAGCAUCUUUCGACAAAUCUGUAAAGUUAUGGGAAGCUGCCACAGGCAAAUUUAUUACUACCUUGAGAGGGCAUGUACAAGCUGUAUACAUGGUCGCCUGGUCUGCUGAUUCUAGGCUAUUACUAAGCUCAAGUGCUGAUUCGACAUUAAAAGUAUGGAAUAUUAAGACCAAAAAGUUGGAAUUGGAUUUGCCUGGUCAUGCUGAUGAGGUGUAUGCGGUUGAUUGGUCACCAGAUGGCGCAUAUGUUGCAUCAGGAGGAAAGGACAAGGUUUUGAAAUUGUGGCAACAUUAAAGCACUGCUGAAAAUUACAUUAUUUUAUUAAGAGAAUCAAAAUGUUACAUUUUAUUGUAUCAAUAAAUAUAAAAAGU